CUGACCACGUUCAUCCUGGCUGGGAGGGGCACGGAGCAGCUGCACGUCUGGAUCUCCAUCCCGUUCUGCCCCUCAUACCUGGCAGCCCUGCUGGGGAGCAGUGUCCUGCUGUUCCCCACGUGGAGUGAGCGCAGCCUCCACCAGCCCAUGUACCUCCACCAGCCCAUGUAUGCCCACGCUGGCCUGGCACUCUCCACCACAGCGGUGCCCGAGGGGCUGGCUCUGUUCUGGUUCUGUCAGGAGAUUUCCUUUGGUGCCUGCCUGACCCAGCUGUUCUCCCUGCACUCACCUGCUCGGGGGUCGGGGAUCCCGCUGGCCACAGCCUUUGACUGUUCCAAUGCCAUCUGCUCCCGCUGUGCCAGGGGCAGUGCUGGCCCCGGCAGCCACGGCCAAACCGGCCUGGGGGCUUUGCUGAGGAGCUUCUGCAUCAUCUUCCCGUGGAUUUUCCUGCUGAAGUGGCUGCUGUUCUGCGGGCACAGGGUCAUCCUGCUCACCCCCUGUGGGCACACGGGCACCGCCCGCCCGGCCCGCACCCACACCUCCCUCAGCAGCUGGUGCCUCACGGUGCCUCUGGCCGUGGUCAGGCUCCACCCUGGCCUCCUCGCUGUGUCCUGUGUGCUCAUCCUCGUGGUGCUGUUCAGGCUCCUCCAGGACCACAAGGCUUCCAGCACCUGUGGCUCUCCCAGCUGUGUUUCAGUCUUUUUCUACGUUCCCGUUGCUUUCCUGGCUCUGAUGUGACACUUCAGCUGGAACGUCCCCUGCCAUGUCCACAUCCUGCUGGCCAACCUGCACGUGCUGCUCCCACCACUUGAGCCCCUCGUGUGCAGAGUGAGGGCACAGCAGAGCAGGGAGAAGGGUGUGAAGGUGUUUGCCUGCUCCAAGAGCCACUUCCUGGGAGAACAGGAGUGA